GUUUGUCGGGUGAACGACGACACCGCAUCAUCUGCUUAGAGACAGUCCUAACACUCGAUUAAUAUAUGGUACAAAAUACAAAUACAGCUUCUGUAAUCUUACUAUUAUUUACUCGUAUAAAAUUGUGUUCAUCUGUACUAGCGCGCACACUAAAGCAACCUCCCUCUUGAGUCACGUGAUCUUUAUCCUAUAGCCGCUCUGUCGGAUGGCUCUACCGCAUUAUUUUGGUGACAAAAUGGUUUAGACUUUAGAGAGCUACAAUGCCUUCGUUACCCACCAACCACUGCCAGAAUCACCAAAUGACACAUCUUCAUUUACUAGUUGGUUGCAGCAAAUAAUCAGUGGGAAAUAGCGAGAUCUAUGUGGACUAAGGACCACCUGAACUUGUUCACCUCUACAUAGCAUUAUGAAAUGCUCUGGUGUAGCUAUUAAACCAGAUGAUGCAACUUGUGGGACGCCUACAUGGAUUGGUAAAGGCCUCACCUGUGUUUGCUUCAAGCGAAAGGGAAUUUUUGAACGGAUCUGCAUUAACUUGACACCCCUACAGGAAGAGAGAUUGAAAAGGCUGAAGCACCGAAUGAAGGUUUAUUUUGAUGGUUCCAGGCCAGAUCACCAGGAAGCUUUAAGAGCGCUAUGGUCUGCCACGUAUCCUGAUAGAGAGCUUCAUGGCUUAAUAUCUAACCAAUGGAAAGAAAUGGGAUGGCAAGGAAAAGAUCCAUCGACUGAUUUCAGAGGAGCUGGAUUCAUUUCUUUAGAGAACCUGUUAUUCUUUGCCAAAACAUUUUCUAUAUCUUUUCAACAUUUAUUAAAAAAGCAGGGAGGAAAGCGAUCUGCUUGGGAGUAUCCAUUCGCUGUUGCUGGUGUAAAUAUCACUUUCAUGAUCAAGCAAAUGCUUGAUCUUGAUGCCUCCAAACCUAGGACUUUUGUCAGAUCAGUUUUCUUGCAGAUGUUGUCAGAAAAUGAAUGGGCUUUUGACUUGUUGUAUUGUGUGGCUUUUGUGGUAAUGGACAAGCAAUGGCUACAGAAGAAUGCAACUUACAUGGAGUUUAAUGAUGUUUUGAAGUGCACUCGGGCUCAAGUGGAAAGGGAACUUCUAAUGGAUGAUGUCCUACGGAUUGAAGACAUGCCUUCUUAUAGCCUUCUCUGUUAACAACAACAAUCUAAGAUUCUGUUUGUUUUGGUUUUUUUUUUUACUUUUUUUUUUUUUUUGUUGCUUUCCCUGCCUUAUGCUAUUUUAAACUGCAAUAGAAAGUAACUUAAGCAAGUUAACCUAAUAGAUCGUUCAACCAGACUAGUCCAAAACCUCUGAUAUUUAUUUUACCCCUGAAGUUGUACAAAUCCCUCUGUUAUCUAUCUUAAUUUUGUAUUUUAUUUGCAA